CGCACGCUGUUGCGGGUGGUGGUCGCACGCUGUUGCGGGUGGUGGUCGCACGCUGUUGCGGGUGGUGGUCGCACGCUGUUGCGGGUGGUGGUCGCACGCUGUUGCGUGUUUACAGCCGGAGCUGUUGUGUUCCGCGUGGGUGUUGCGCUGCCUGCGAUCCCUCCGUCCUUAGGACAGAGCCUGGAGGUGAAAAGGUGGUGGCUGAGGCCUGGCGGGGCGGAGCAGCACCCAGCCCCCCUAGGCUGGGCUCAGCUGCACUAGGCUGGACUGGGCUGGACCAGGGUAGGGUGGGGCUGGGCCUGGGCAGCAGCGUUUGGCAGGAGAUCAAGCUGAAGAUGAAACGAAGAUGAAGCCGGUCCUGAGGGGCAGGAGGAGCCUGUGUGGAGCCAGUGGCUGAUUGAGGGGAACCUUUUUUGUGGCCAUUCGGUGCCACUUAGUUUAGACAAACACCCUGAUUGGUAUGGACUGAGUCUAGUGCUGAUAGGAAUUCUUUCCUUUGCAAAGUUAUCACCUAAACCAGUUCAGCUGGGUGCUGAGGGGAUGUUUUAACGUGUAUUUAUUCUGCAAAGAAGUUUGUCAUUGGUACUAAGUAGGAGAAUUAAAUAAAUUUGAACUUAAUUUGUUUUUGGAAUAAACUUCCGCUAGAUCAUACAGGAAAACAGCAUAGGUUCACUUUUAUACCUCACUAGCUGCUUGCGAUCGCUCACUUUUUAGAAGAAACACCGUGAUUUGUAGGUGCAGGUGUUGAAAUGCAUGACUGCUAUUGGAGUUUUCUAAGUUGUGAACACGGCUCCUGCGUGAAGCAGAUCCGAUUGCUGAAGGACCUGGUUGUGCGCAGCAGCGUAACCUGCGCGAUGGAGAACUCGGAUAACCCAGAGGAGGAGAAGCCGACUGUCAGCAACGAGAGCGCGGACAAUGGCGCCGAAGCAGCGACAGGGGAACAGCAUAUGGACUUCAGUACCGAAAUUAUGAGUGUGACUGAGAUGGAGCAGUCCCCUGACAGUUCCCCUGGCCUGAAUGAGGAGAACACAGAGGAGAGUGAAAUCCCAAAUAUUGAGAGUUUACAGACAACAGAUAUCGAGGCUGGCUUCCCGCCAGACUUUGACAAGUUCUGGAAAGUGGUAGAUGACAAUCCCCAGGAUUUCACGGGAUGGGUAUAUCUGCUGCAGUAUGUGGAGCAGGAGAACCACUUACCAGCGGCCAGGAAAGCGUUUGACAGGUUUUUCACGCACUAUCCAUAUUGCUAUGGGUAUUGGAAAAAGUAUGCAGACCUUGAAAAGCGCCACGACAACGUUAAGCAGUCCGAUGAGGUUUAUCGCAGAGGGCUUCAGGCAAUUCCUCUUAGUGUUGAUCUUUGGAUACAUUAUAUAAACUUCUUAAAGGAGACCUUGGACCCCGCUGACCCUGAAACUAACAGCACUAUUCGGGGAGCUUAUGAACACGCAGUCUUAGCUGCGGGGACAGAUUUCCGCUCUGACCGGCUGUGGGAAAUGUAUAUAAACUGGGAAAGCGAACAGGGAAACCUGCGGGAAGUCACGUCCAUAUACGACCGCAUCCUUGGGAUUCCAACGCAGCUCUACAGUCACCAUUUCCAGAGGUUUAAAGAACAUAUACAGAACAACUUGCCUCGAGACUUCCUGACCACGGAGCAGUUUGUGGAGCUGCGCAGGGAGCUGGCGUCGGCGAACGGCCACAGCGGGGAGGACGCGCAGCCUGCGGACGACCUGCCCUCGGGCACCGAGGAGAUCACCGACCCUGCCAAGCUAGUCACUGAGGUGGAAAACAUGAGGCACAGGAUCAUUGAGAUUCACCAGGAGAUCUUUAACCACAACGAGCACGAAGUCAGUAAGAGGUGGACGUUCGAAGAAGCGAUAAAGAGGCCUUACUUUCACGUCAAACCUCUGGAGAAAAUUCAGCUGAAAAACUGGAAAGAGUACUUAGAGUUUGAGAUAGAGAACGGCACUCAUGAGCGAGUUGUGGUCCUCUUUGAAAGAUGUGUUAUUUCAUGUGCCCUCUAUGAGGACUUCUGGAUCAAGUAUGCCAAAUACAUGGAGAACCACAGCAUCGAAGGAGUGCGGCACGUCUACAGCAGGGCUUGCACCAUCCACCUGCCCAAGAAGCCCAUGGUGCACAUGCUGUGGGCGGCCUUCGAGGAGCAGCAGGGCAACAUCGAUGAAGCGAGAAGGAUCUUGAAGACCUUUGAGGAGUGUGUUCUAGGGCUGGCGAUGAUUCGCUUGCGGAGAGUGAGCUUGGAACGCAGACACGGGAACAUGGAGGAAGCCGAACACCUGCUUGAAGAAGCUGUUAGGAACGCCAAAUCAAUUAGCGAAUCGUCGUUUUACGCCAUCAAGUUGGCUCGACACCUCUUCAAAGUACAGAAAAACCUCCCAAAGGCAAGAAAAGUGCUGUCAGAAGCCAUAGAGAUCGACAAAGAAAACACAAAACUGUAUCUCAACUUGCUUGAGAUGGAGUACAGUGGCGAUCUGAAGCUGAACGAAGAGAACAUCUUGAGCUGUUUCGAUAAAGCCGUCAAGGGCGCCUUGUCUAUCAAAAUGAGGAUUACGUUUUCUCAGCGAAAAGUGGAAUUUCUUGAAGAUUUUGGUUCUGAUGUGAACAAGCUUCUGGAUGCCUAUGACGAGCACCAGGCGCUCCUGAAGGAGCAGGAGUCCCUGAAGAGGAGAGCGGAGAACGGAUCUGAGGAGCCAGACGAGAAGAAGAUGCUCGCGGAUGACCCGACUCUGGCGUCAGCGCAGAUGCUGGACGGGGACAUGCAGGUGAACCAGGCAGCGUACAACUACAACGCCUGGUACCAGUACAACUACCAGAACGCGUGGAAUUACGGACAGUAUUAUCACCCGACUUGAUCUGAAGAGGGAGUGAAGUUCACUGUGCUGCAGUUUCAACAAAGAUGGAAUUAAAAAGAAGUCUAUUUUUCUAAAUUAGGGAUAUGAAAGAACUGUUGUAAUACCUGCUUUUCAGUCUUUUGCAUGUGAGGUGAGCUGAUGUUCACAGGGUACGUGUGAAGCAAGAUUUGUGUGCUGGCAACUGAUAAAUGGUAUCUCUGUACAAUUCUACUUUACCAUAAAUGCAUUUUUUUAAAGAAUUCCCUGCACUAAUUUAUGGAGAUAUCUGAUGAAUUUUUUCAGUCUCAUAAUGAUUCCAUAGACUUAAUCAGUUAAGCUGUAGUUUUUUUCAGGGUUGUUGUUGUUUUUCCCCAAAGCUGUUCUGAGCAGCGUAGCAGCCAGGCCCCGCUCUGUCGCGACACGGCUUCCUGCCUCCCUCCUGUUGUGACGAUCGCAACCCUUCGGGCUCCCCGGGCAGCCUUUGCAAGCUGCAGCACCCGUUUUCUAUUCUGUGUGGGGGUCAAAAGUGAAAACGCAGUGCAAAAUGAUGUUGCAUUCUUUUUUAAAAAGCACAAACUGUGUUUGGGAUGAUUUUUGUAUUUAGUUUUUCAUGUACACAGUGUGAGCAGACUUUUUUCAUUUUGAUCAAAGUGAUCAUUCUCAUUUUUGUAAUAAAAGCAAGGAAUCCAGUA